AUGUCUGCCAUCUCCCAUGUCGUCAUCUAUCUCACCCGCCCCCUUUCUGCUGCUGGUGUUCCUGCCACGUCAGUGGCGACUGCCCAGGCCAUCCUCCACGCCACACUCUCGGCGCAGCCCUCCGCGUCGGGAAUCCUUACCCUUGCACCCCUCGCUGCACCACCCACCCCGCUCCUUGCCGCCGCUAUCGGCGCGGCCAUCCAGUGGCCCGUGUGGUACCAUGCGCUCGCCGGUGAUGCUGAGGAGCUGACCGUCGUGUACGGCCCUGGCUUCGUCAAGGCCCGCAUUGGUGCUGGCCCACUCUUCGAUGUCUGGAGCGAGGAGACCCAAGGGAGUGUUGUGCGCAUCUCGCGCCAGCCCCAGGCGCCCGCACUGUCGCUGGCCUUCCGCCGCCGCCCCAUCGUCCUUCCCACGCUGUUCGCUACCCCAUACGACGACAACGACUCGAGCUCGGAUGAUGACGACUCCGACGCCGCGUCAGACGCAUCGUCGUCGCCGACGGUCUACUCCCUCUCCCCCGAUUCGCCCAAGGGCAAGCCCUUUGCGUUGCCUGCUGUCGCUGGCGUCCGCCCUUUGCCCGCUGUCCCCAAAACUGUCCCUGUCGCCCGCGCACUCCCUGUUUUCACUCCGGAGCCCGCGCUUAAGCCCGCAACCAAGUCGGCAGGGAACACGACGACCGCGUACCUCUACAAGGGUGGCGUCACCCGCGUUAUGACCGGAGGGGUGAUGCUGGGCCCCCGCGCGCCGGCCAAGCCCAGGGCCACUCGUAUUCGCGCAUGA